GAAACUACUUGCGAAUCUGGCGUGAAGCACAAGGACUCCCACGAGCGGAGAUGUCCCGAGUGAGCCGAUAUGAGAGAACUGCCGGUGUCGACAGCCUCGAAAAGCUCAGCCAGAAGCUGACGGCAGACCUGCGCAACCACAUUCGGUUCCUCGGCGACUACCCCGUGCUCUCGACCGAAUGGAAGGAAAUGGCGCACAACAUGAAACGGUUUGGCGAGAUCUCGGAAAUGGAACGGCAGUUGCCCAAGCACGAGAACGCGACCCUGUGGGAGUGCGAGGAGCUCGCGCUGCGCUACAUUCUCGAAGACGGCAAGCUCAACCUCUGCCUUCGUCUCUUAGUCGAGUACAAGGAUUACGAGCAUGGAAUUAGUCAGCGCGAGUUGGACCCCGACACCAAGGCGCUCGUGAGCCAAUUCGAGCGCGGCCUCGGCGUCAUGCUCAAGAAUGCGUGGCUCCAUGUGGAAGCUCUGCAGACGACGGAUCUUCCGCUCUUGUUGGAGUACAUUGCCGGAGUGCUCACGUUUUGCGAAGAAGAACCCGUUUUUGUCGAGAAGAAGGACCUCGUGGACAGCCAAGAGACCAUUGUCGUUUACUACCUUCAUGGCCUCUUGAAGCAGCUCGAGCACAUUUCCGAAGACAGAGUCAUGCCGCUGGUGCUGGAGAAGCAACUGUUUGCGUUGUUGACGUCGCACAUCCAGCGCCACUGGAAGUUGUUUUCGGUGCGAAUACCGUUGCGACAGCCUCCAGAUGCAUCGGUCCCAACGAGAUGAUCUUGGCAGGACGUGGACGUGUUGGUUGCGUGCGAAGUCCUCGCGCUCAUUUGCGACACGGAAGACUUUCAAUCGCAUGCACAAUCGUACGUGGCAUCGGCCCAAGUGGUGCGCGAUUUGCGCAUCAUUCAAGAGGACAUUUUGGACAGUCUUGUGGAGGAUUUGGAUGUGCGCAAGAAACUCCGUCCCCUCCUGGACGUGAUCAAGGAGUUUGCGUCGGGGCGGAAAUAGCGCAACGAUAGCACCCGAUCGAUCUCGUCGAUUGACGUGAGGAGCUGGCGAGAGGCUCCCGACUACUCAAAUCUGCAUCGUGGAAUCCACAACGUUUAUCGAUUUUCUUCACGAGUGUCCAGAAUCAACGGUGGCGCGGCGCCGUCCCGAGCAAGUCGCUCGAUGAGGCACCGAAUCGCGACGCGCUUUUUUCGAAUGACUUGAGGUGGAAACCAUUGAGCAGUCAAAACAUUUUGCGAGUCGGCGCCUUUCGUGGCCACGAAUGCGGUCGAUACCAGCGGUGGCGACGUCAGGAAUAGUUCCACGUAAU